GGAGUGAGCGGUUUGUCCACAUACCACACGCCAUCAUGAAAAUCCUGCUCCUUACACUGCUGGUCGUGUUGCUGUGCAGCACUCAAGUGCUCACACUUAGGUGUUACACCUGUGAGGGUGACAGUGAGAACUGCAAGGCAGAGACAGAAUGCUUGCCAACAGAUUACUGCAAAACCGUAGUAGGCGGUAACACCAUGCGUCGCGGUUGUGCGGCGAGGUGUGUCCCCAACGACGUAACUUACUGCUGCCAAGAAAACCUGUGCGAGUCGUGAGGUGUCACAGCAGCAUUUCAUCUUUGAGCUCUGAUAAAUCAAAGCUGUAUGGACGAAUAAACUUCCUAAAUCUCAGUAUGAUUCAACUAAUUUGUAACCUCUUCCAACUUUAAUGGGACUUUCCUGUCUUUGAUUUGUCCUGUUUAUGUUCAAAGACCGCGAAAAAAAAGGAUUCUGUCAUUUAGCCGCACUGAUCAACUCAUAGUCAUCGAGUGGAUCAACUGCUGAUGUCACUUAGUGGGUCACUCUACCAUCCAACUGUCACUGUAUAUGGGUCAUUAUAUGUCACUGCUGAAGUUUAAAGCUGAUCUCUUUCAAUCUAAUUAAAAUAGUAUAUGAACUCA